UCCAUCUCCUUAGCCGCUGAUUUCAGCCGUUGAUUUUUUUAGUUUUUUUUACAAGUGCUUUCAUUUGGAUUUUUUUUCUAAUGGAAGAUGGCAACGGCAAUUUAUCCGCCGACGUGGGCGGAGCGGCCGGAGCGGGUGGAUCGGGCGAGGACAAGAACGGCCACUCGAAGGCUCUCCGGCGGCUGGAGACGGUGCCGGACAUCAAGCGGGACACGUCCGGCAUCAACACACAGUACAUCGCUACGGGGAUAGUGAACAUAGGCGCGUUUGCUGCAGGAGUUUGCGUGGCCUGGUCAUCGUCAGCUCUUCCACUGCUGACGAGACAUGAACCGGUGGCUCAAGCACAUUCGGUGGACGGUUUCUUCAAUGCAACGGAACCUGAGCUAAGGCUGACCCAAUCCGAGGCGUCGUGGGUGGCGUCGCUGCUGUGUCUCGGCGCGUUGUGGGGCGCGGUACCCGCGGGGCUCAUCUCCGAGUACUUCGGCAGGAAGAAGACGCUGCUUUACCUGGCGCUGCCGCUGGUUGUGUCGUGGAUACUGGUGGCCUCAAGUCCAAACGUGUACGGUCUAUACGUGGGGAGAUUCGUCGGAGGAGUGGCCGUGGGCGCAUUCAGUGUUGGCAUACCGCCGUACGUCGAGGACAUAGCCGAGAAACAGAUUCUACCGGCGCUGGUCAACUUCUACCACGUGCAUUUCGCGUGUGGUGUACUCACUGGAUACGUUAUUGGUCUUGUUCAAAGCACCUCAUGGCUCUCGAUGCUUUGCGCAAUCAUUCCAGUGGCAUUCUUCAUAGCGUUCAUCUUCCUACCUGAAUCACCGGCCUACCUCAUGUCCCAGGGAAAGUUCACCGAAGCCAAAGCAUCUUUGACCUACUUCCGAGGAAUAGACAACGACAUCGACUCCGAGUUCAAGAUUCUGAAGGAGAACCUCAGGAAUUAUGCCAAGAAUAGGGUCACCUUCAAAGAGCUGUUCAGCACCAAAUCGACUAUCAAGGCUCUAGUCGUCUCCUACGGUUUGAUGGUCUUCCAGCAGAUGAGUGGCAUUUAUCCUGUUCUGUUCUACGCCGAAAGCAUUUUCACAAAAUUUUCCAUUUCCCUUACUUCUUCUGCGGCAUCUGUUAUUCUCGGCUUCUGCUUAGUCACAGCUACGUAUUUCUCGACGAUGUUCCUCAAACGGAUCAGACGUCGUGUCCUGCUCCUAACUUCAUUCUUGUCCAUGGCAGUGUCUCUUGGAUCCCUCGCUAUUUACUACCAUUUGCGAGCAUCGAAUAUGUCCACUUCUAACACCUGGGUACCUGUCUUCUCUUUAUGUUUAUUCGUUUCUGUAUACGCUGCUGGCGUCGGUCCCAUACCUUGGUUGAUGCUGAGAGAGAUCUUCGCGCCGAACGUGAGGAGGCGUGCCACAGCCAUAACCGCUGGUUUCCAUUGGUUCCUGGCCUUCGGGGUAACGAAGUUAUAUUACAACUUGGUAGUAGUCGUCGGACCAGGCUGGACCCUCUGGCAUUUCGCAGUGACUUGCCUGAUUGGAGCAAUUUUCGUCUUCUUCUUCGUGCCCGAAACGAAAGGAAGGACAUUGGAGGAGAUCCACGAUGAGUUUGACGGCAUCCAUACGCCGAGGAAGCACACGCAUGUGAUUCAGAUAGAAGCAGUUACCGGUGCAUAGAAGUUGUCACUAUUAGGCCUACUUGCGCCCAACUGGCCUUUUGCUCAUCGUUCGUCAAAAUAUCAUUA